CUCAGGCCCCGAACCAGGUCCUCCUACUGCUGCUGCUGCUGGUGUGUCGCCGGGAUUAAUCUUGGACGAUAUCGCAGCGCUCGGGUCUUAAAGGCCUUUCUCACGUUACAACGCCAUAUAUUUGCACAAACGACACUUUAGUUGCUUUGUUAGUCGCCUGAACUAUUUUCUCAUAAACCGCGGACUAAUUUGACCCACCAAUGUCGUUACUUCCAGUCGGACACUUUUUUUUAGCGGACCGGAUUUGCCCCGGAAGUUUUCUUCAGAAUCACUUCCGCUCACGUAAAAUUGGUGUUUGGAGGGAGUUUGUUCUCGUCGCUAACAGAUUGGGUGUCCUGGGACUUUUUUUUGUGAAAUUGACAAUCCACAAACAAUGUCUUCUCAUCUGAAUGCUCUGAACAGUGACUCCUACAUCGAAAUAAGCCAAUACAGGGACCAGCAUUUCAAGGGGAACCGCUACGAGCAGGAGAAGCUGCUGAAGCAGAGCAGCACGCUGUACGUGGGGAACCUGUCCUUCUACACGACCGAGGAGCAGGUCUACGAGCUCUUCUCCAAGAGCGGGGACGUCAAGAGGAUCAUCAUCGGCCUGGACAAGAUCAAGAAGACGGCCUGUGGCUUCUGCUUCGUCGAAUACUACACCAGAGGUGAUGCCGAGAAUGCUAUGAGGUUCAUCAAUGGAACACGGCUGGACGACCGCAUCAUCCGAACAGACUGGGAUGCUGGGUUCCGGGAGGGCCGGCAGUACGGUCGUGGCAAGUCAGGGGGUCAGGUGAGAGAUGAGUACAGACAGGAUUACGACCCUGCCCGAGGUGGAUAUGGGAAAUUAACUCAACUCCAAAGAAAUCCAGAGGGAAGGAACAAAUUUUAAGUCGACGCUGUGCUGGAAAAUCCAAGAUUGGUCUGUAUUUUUGUACCAGACUGUAGUUUUUGACAUUACUUUGUACACAUCUUACAUCUGCAAUUUUUACGGGACGAGUGCCUUGUUUCCCACGGGCAGCUGGAUCAGUGAGUAAAUGCAGUGACAUCUGUUCACUCGCACUGAGUAUUAAUGUGGCAGGUUUCCCGUUAAGCCUGAAGACAAGCUUUUCAGGGCCAUUUUGAUUUGUGUUGUGUUCUGUAUUCAGUCCAUACCCCCCCACAAAUAAACAUUGGUGUUUUUAUUUAAAACUGUCAGCAGUAUACAUGUGUGUGGCUAAAGUGAAGAAAGGCUUGUAGGAUGUGCCACAUGUUCUGGUAUUUUUUCCAUUAUGGGGCUGUUACAGAAA